GCUGCAGAUCUCAGCGCUGUCUUGGGCCGACAGCCUCCCUGCGUCUCAAGGCUUCCCUCCCCUCCGCCUGCAGCCCACAGACCUUCUCCCCCCGACCCCCCACUGCCUUCGCGGGAAGAGGAGCCGGCGUGGGAGGGCAGGGACUGCACCGGGGCGGAGCUGCCUCUCUGGCCGCGAAGUGGCAAAGGGAAAAGCCGGCGGUCGGAGGCGCAGACCUCCCGUCGAGGCUCCUCCUGCCAACGGCGGUGGCUGCAACCCGCUGCUCACAUCAAGAACUGGAUUCCUUGGAUUAACCUCCAAGACUUGAACAUUUUACUGCACCCUCCUCCUCCGCUGGGAGUCUUCGCCUCCUUCCUACCCCUCACGCCCCCUCCCCGAGCCCCGGCCGGAGGAUUUCAUGCUUCUUUCAGCACCUUUUUGUAAUCCGGGGACGUGACUCUCGGGAGCUCCAACUACCUCCGCUGAAUUCGACUUUGUUAUUAUUUCUCCCUCGCUUCCUCUUGUUUUCCCCUCAUCUGAAUCUGUGAAAUCUGAUGUUUCUGCCAGAGGGAGCGAGGAAUAAAUAGAUGCCGCUGCCCCAGAAGGCUUAGACGCCGAGAACGAGCAGCCAGAGCGGCGGGGGCGGCGGCUGGAGCUCGUGGGACCCCAUUGGGGGAAUUUGAUCCAAGGAAGCUGUGAGAUUGCCGGGGGAGGAGAAGCUCCCAGAUCAUUGUGUUCACUUGCCGGGCGGAGGAGAGACGGCGCUGCGGGCCUGUCGCGUCCUCGGCGCUGCUGCUCGCUGCCCCAUCCUGCCCCGUCCUGCCGGGACCAUGGUCUGCGGCAGCCCGGGACGGAUGGUGCUGCUCGCCCUGGCUGCGCUCUGCCUGCUCCGGGCGCCCGGAGUCGGGGCUGCAGCCUGUGAGCCCGUCCGCAUCCCGCUGUGCAAGUCCCUGCCCUGGAACAUGACCAAGAUGCCCAAUCACCUGCACCACAGCACCCAGGCCAACGCCAUCCUGGCCAUCGAGCAGUUCGAAGGGCUGCUGGGCACCCACUGCAGCCCCGAUCUGCUCUUCUUCCUCUGCGCUAUGUACGCGCCCAUCUGCACCAUUGACUUCCAGCAUGAGCCCAUCAAGCCCUGCAAGUCUGUGUGCGAGCGGGCCCAGCAGGGCUGCGAGCCCAUCCUCAUCAAGUACCGCCACGCGUGGCCCGAGAGCCUGGCCUGCGAGGAGCUGCCUGUUUAUGACCGCGGCGUGUGCAUCUCUCCCGAGGCCAUCGUCACCGCGGACGGAGCGGAUUUUCCUAUGGAUUCUAGUAAUGGAAACUGUAGAGGAGCAAGCAGUGAACGCUGCAAAUGUAAGCCUAUUAGAGCUUCACAGAAGACCUAUUUCCGAAACAAUUACAACUAUGUCAUUCGAGCUAAAGUUAAAGAGGUAAAGACGCAGUGCCAUGAUGUGACCGCAGUAGUGGAGGUGAAGGAGAUUCUAAAGGCUUCUCUGGUGAGCAUCCCACGGGGCACUGCCGACCUCCACGCCGGCUCUGGCUGCCUGUGCCCCCCACUUAACAUUCACGAGGAGUAUAUCAUCAUGGGCUAUGAAGACGAGGAGCGCUCCAGAUUACUCUUGGUGGAAGGUUCUAUUGCUGAGAAAUGGAAGGAUCGACUUGGUAAAAAAGUUAAGCGCUGGGAUGCGAAGCUACGUCAUCUUGCACUCAAUAAGAGUGAUUCUAGCCAUAGUGAUACCACUCAGAGUCAGAAGUCUGGCAGGAACUCUAACCCCCGGCAAGCACGCAACUAAACCCUGAGACGCGGAACAUCAGUGGACUUCCUGUUAAGAUUUGCAUUACUGGGCUAGUAAAGGAAAAUUGCACUAUUGCACAUCAUAUUCUAUUUUUUACCACAAAAAUCUCGUGGUAACUGAUAUUGCUUCUGUUUCCCUUUUGUUUUCUGCUUUUCUCUUCCCUCACACCCACCACCUCCUUUUUUUGUGGUCUGGGUGCAGAUCCUUAAAUAUAUUACAUGUUUCCUAUUCUGGUAAUCAUGGGAAAAUGUUCUUUGCAUAAUAAUAAAUUAAACAUGUUAAUACCACGGCCUCUUCGCUGGAGUACAUGUUAAUUUACUGUUCUGCACCUAGAUUGGGGAUGCAAAGUUGCAUGCAAAGAGAGAUUUCUGGUAUACACAGAAAGCUAAAUAUACUGUAAAACACACUUCUGUUCUCCAAUUACGGCCUCAUUUUACAUGCCUUUUGGGCACUUUCCUCACACUUAGAAAAUUCUGAAUGUUUAUAGAGGUAAAAUGGCAGUUUGAAAUCAAAUGCCACACAGGCAAAGCAAUCAAGCACCAGGAAACAUUUAUGAGGAAAUGAUACACAAGAUGAGUUAUUUGAAAGAUUACAGGAAACAAAAUAAAUAGUGCUAGGAGCUGGGGAGACUCUUUUGCCUGAUUGAGAAGCACAACUGAAACCAGUAGCUGCUGGGGUGUUUUUCCAGUAGCAUUUUUCUUUUGGCAACACGUCUGAUUUGUUUAUGAAUAUAUUAAUCAGCAUUAGGGAAGUGAAUUAUAGCUAGGCAUCUGCUGUUAUCAGCAUAGGUCUGUUUACUUUGCUUCCUUUUAAAUAAACACACUGGUGUCUUUUUUUUUUUUUCUUAUUUUAAAAUAAAUCUUGACUUGCUGCCUUGACCAGGAAAAGAAAGGAUGUAUGCCUGUGCCAUGAGGGUGUUAUUUUUAAAAGAAAUGUAGCUCCAUAAAAAAUGCUAUAGUUUUCAGGAUGGUGAAAUGUGCAAGCUGUGUGUGUUUGUGUAUGAGUGUGUCUGCGUACUCGUACACCCAAGAUGGACUGAAUUACAGGCCUAAACACUGGCCUGCACUUUAUCAUUUGAAUUUGUGCUAUUUCAUGCUCCAUAAAAUAUGCCUAAUAAAAGGACUUAUGGUUGUCAA